AUGGCUACCGGCGAGAGGCGAUCAAAUCUCAAGUUGCUCAGGACGUCAUUGAUUCUGGACCAAGGUGACACACGCACGACUCGCCACGGAGACUGUCUCAGAUUGUGUACUUACAACGCGAGAACAGUGUCCACAGAUGCUGACCUGCAUGCCCUUCUCGGAGCUGCAGAGCGUAUUAAAUUUCACGUGAUUGCUCUGCAGGAGACCAAGUGCAGAAGAAGCGACGUAAGACAGAUGAAUGGCGGCACACUCGUCAUUCGUGGAGAGAAGGUUCCGUCGCGAAAUGUAGGCGGUGUUGGUUUUGUUGCGUACCCAUCUGUCGUCCAUCUUGUCGAUUUUCACGAGAUCCUGUCACCUUGUCCGGCCAUUCUUCGCCUCCGCCCUCUGCGCCAAAAACCCAUCAAUAUUAUCAACUGCUACUCACCAACACCAGCAGCUGACGAAUCCGAAUUGGACGCAUUUUACGAGGAGCUGGAGGAAGUAAUCCGCCACGAGAACUCCUUCUACAAAUUCGUUGUCGGAGACUUCAACGCAAAACUAGGAAAGGCCACAGAAGAGGAAUACAGGAUUGGAAGAUUUGGACUAGGGGGAAUGAAAAUGGCAAUCGUCCAGCCGGGCUGUUGUCCGCCGCUCGCCUCUUUCAUGGGAACUCUCUUUUCAUGA